GCCGAAGCGCGAAGCGCGAAGCGCGAAUAACUUCGCGCCCUCGAGGGCGCCCUUGGAACAGAAGCAGGAAGACCAAGAGCUGGACAUGGAGGAGAGUGGCAGAUAUAGCGGAAGACAGAAGAGGGGACUGGAGAAGGGGGAGGAAGCCGAGCAGCAUCAGGCAUGAGUUUUGACUGCAUGGAUGCCAACCUGCCCCAUCGGCACUCGCCAAGGCCCUCGCUGGAAUCAGCGCCACAAACCACGAUGCGGCCACAGUCUCCAUGCUGUACUGAAGACGUGGCAUCAAAGUCUAAAAGGAGCCGGGCUGGGAGGGGCGUCCUUGAAAUGGUCGAAAUAGCUAUGCUGGAGGAUGAUGACGGCGGCAAGUCGAAUCCACCGCCGAACACUGUUCAUCGCAGGGGCGAGUCAGUCUACGGCUCCCAGUCACCCAACGAAGAUCCUGUCAAGCCGUCCUGGUCGUGCCAAUGAUUGCCAUCAUCAACAGCCGUCCAUUCGCGAUCUCGGCAUUCAGCUUGCGGAACUUGAGCUCCCGUUCCCGAACGCGCGCAGUGGGGAUCCAGUGUAGAGCGCCCAGUCGCCCCACGCGGAGCCGGUCAAGCCGUCCUGGAAAAACAUUCCGAUGAUAGCCAUCAUGGCAAGGCGACCGUUGGCGAUCUCUGCCGCCAACUUCUUCUGCUUCUCCCCGGCAUCACUGGACGUCAGCACCUUGAAGCCGAAGUCGCCAGCGGCGGCAGCGGUGCCAGCGGACUGGUCCUGCGACAGCUCGCAGAACGCGCCGUACGCCACGAUCUGCGCCCAGCCCGCAGCGGGAACCUUGGAGAUCGCCCCGAGCCCGUUCGGGAUGUCCGCGAACUUCAGGCCAGCCGAAGGCGACAAGUAGCCGGGCAGCUUGCCGGUGAUCUCGGGCGUGAUGUAACCCAUCGUUGCCAGCAUGCUCACGCGGCCGUGCUUGAGCUCUGUCUGGCGUCUCCUGGCGAAAUUCGCCGUGCUACCAUCCGCAGUGAACCCGGCAGGGUCCCAAAAGCCCACGGGGUCCUGCACGCCCAGCUCGCUCUCGAACGCGCGCAGCGGGGAUCCAGUGUAAAGCGCCCAGUCGCCCCACGCGGAGCCGGUCAAGCCGUCCUGGAAAAACAUUCCGAUGAUAGCCAUCAUGGCAAGGCGACCGUUGGCGAUCUCUGCCGCCAACUUCUUCUGCUUCUCCCCGGCAUCACUGGACGUCAGCACCUUGAAGCCGAAGUCGCCUGCGGCGGCCGCGGUGCCAGCGGACUGGUCCUGCGACAGCUCGCAGAACGCGCCGUACGCCACGAUCUGCGCCCAGCCCGCAGCGGGAACCUUGGAGAUCGCCCCGAGCCCGUUCGGGAUGUCCGCGAACUUCAGGCCAGCCGAAGGCGACAAGUAGCCGGGCAGCUUGCCGGUGAUCUCGGGCGUGAUGUAACCCAUCGUUGCCAGCAUGCUCACGCGGCCGUGCUUGAGCUCUGUCUGGCGUCUCCUGGCGAAAUUCGCCGUGCUACCAUCCGCAGUGAACCCGGCAGGGUCCCAAAAGCCCACGGGGUCCUGCACGCCCAGCUCGCUCUCGAACGCGCGCAGCGGGGAUCCAGUGUAGAGCGCCCAGUCGCCCCACGCGGAGCCGGUCAAGCCGUCCUGGAAAAACAUUCCGAUGAUAGCCAUCAUGGCAAGGCGACCGUUGGCGAUCUCUGCCGCCAACUUCUUCUGCUUCUCCCCGGCAUCACUGGACGUCAGCACCUUGAAGCCGAAGUCGCCUGCGGCGGCAGCGGUGCCAGCGGACUGGUCCUGGGACAGCUCGCAGAACGCGCCGUACGCCACGAUCUGCGCCCAGCCCGCCGCGGGAACCUUGGAGAUCGCCCCGAGCCCGUUCGGGAUGUCCGCGAACUUCAGGCCAGCCGAAGGCGACAAGUAGCCGGGCAGCUUGCCGGUGAUCUCGGGCGUGAUGUAACCCAUCGUCGCCAGCAUGCUCACGCGGCCGUGCUUGAGCUCUGUCUGGCGCCUCCUGGCGAAAUUCGCCGUGCUACCAUCCGCUGUGAACCCGGCAGGGUCCCAAAAGCCCACGGGGUCCUGCACGCCCAGCUCGCUCUCGAACGCGCGCAGCGGGGAUCCAGUGUAGAGCGCCCAGUCGCCCCACGCGGAGCCGGUCAAGCCGUCCUGGAAAAACAUUCCGAUGAUAGCCAUCAUGGCAAGGCGACCGUUGGCGAUCUCUGCCGCCAACUUCUUCUGCUUCUCCCCGGCAUCACUGGACGUCAGCACCUUGAAGCCGAAGUCGCCUGCGGCGGCAGCGGUGCCAGCGGACUGGUCCUGGGACAGCUCGCAGAACGCGCCGUACGCCACGAUCUGCGCCCAGCCCGCCGCGGGAACCUUGGAGAUCGCCCCGAGCCCGUUCGGGAUGUCCGCGAACUUCAGGCCAGCCGAAGGCGACAAGUAGCCGGGCAGCUUGCCGGUGAUCUCGGGCGUGAUGUAACCCAUCGUCGCCAGCAUGCUCACGCGGCCGUGCUUGAGCUCUGUCUGGCGCCUCCUGGCGAAAUUCGCCGUGCUACCAUCCGCUGUGAACCCGGCAGGGUCCCAAAAGCCCACGGGGUCCUGCACGCCCAGCUCGCUCUCGAACGCGCGCAGCGGGGAUCCAGUGUAGAGCGCCCAGUCGCCCCACGCGGAGCCGGUCAAGCCGUCCUGGAAAAACAUUCCGAUGAUAGCCAUCAUGGCAAGGCGACCGUUGGCGAUCUCUGCCGCCAACUUCUUCUGCUUCUCCCCGGCAUCACUGGACGUCAGCACCUUGAAGCCGAAGUCGCCUGCGGCGGCAGCGGUGCCAGCGGACUGGUCCUGGGACAGCUCGCAGAACGCGCCGUACGCCACGAUCUGCGCCCAGCCCGCCGCGGGAACCUUGGAGAUCUCGCCCCACGCGGAGCCGGUCAAGCCGUCCUGGAAAAACAUUCCGAUGAUAGCCAUCAUGGCAAGGCGACCGUUGGCGAUCUCUGCCGCCAACUUCUUCUGCUUCUCCCCGGCAUCACUGGACGUCAGCACCUUGAAGCCGAAGUCGCCUGCGGCGGCAGCGGUGCCAGCGGACUGGUCCUGGGACAGCUCGCAGAACGCGCCGUACGCCACGAUCUGCGCCCAGCCCGCCGCGGGAACCUUGGAGAUCUCGCCCCACGCGGAGCCGGUCAAGCCGUCCUGGAAAAACAUUCCGAUGAUAGCCAUCAUGGCAAGGCGACCGUUGGCGAUCUCUGCCGCCAACUUCUUCUGCUUCUCCCCGGCAUCACUGGA